AUGAAAAUUGCAGCUGGUGUUACAGCUGUACGCAUCCGGAAAUACAGCUUCGAGACGAUCAAAACUGCAACAGAUACAUUUUCAGAGAGCAACAAACUAGGUGGUGGUGGAUUCGGUGAAGUUUUCAAGGGGGUGUUACCUGAUAAAAGAGAAGUUGCAGUGAAGAUGUUGUUUAGAAGAUCAACACAAGGUGAGAAAGAGUUCAAGAAUGAGGUUGUUGUUGUCGCAAGACUUCAGCAUAAAAAUCUUGUUAGAAUUAUAGGGUUUUCUGUCAAAGGAGAUGAAAAGAUACUUGUCUACGAGUUUUUGCCGAACAAGAGUCUCAACUUCUUCCUCUUUGACCCUACAAAGCAAGGGCAGUUAGAUUGGACAACACGGUACACAAUCAUUGGAGGAAUUGGUAGAGGGAUUCUAUAUCUUCAUCAAGAUUCACCACUCAAAAUCAUACAUCGUUACCUAAAAGUAGAUAACAUACUCUUGGAAAAUGAUAUGAACCCCAAGAUUGCUGAUUUUGUGAUGGCAAAGAUCUGUGGGAUGGACCAAACUACAGAGAACACAAGCAGAGUAGCUGGAACUGAGGGUUACAUGGCCCCAGAAUACAUGGAACUCGGCCAGUUCUCAGUCAAAUCUGAUGUGUAUAGCUUCGGAGUCUUAGUUCUUGAGAUUGUUAGUGGCCGGAGAAACAAGAGCUUCCUCUCUUCGGGUCUGAAUUUGGUCACAUAUGCUUGGAGGUUGUGGAGAGACAAGUCACCAUUGGAUCUUGUGGACAGAGCCAUUGCAGGUAAUUAUCCUAGUGGAGAAGUGACAAGAUGCAUCCACAUUGCGCUCAUAUGUGUUCAAAAAGAUCCAACAGAUCGUCCAGACAUGUGGACAAUCAUGUCGAUGCUCACUAGCAACACAAUGAGUUUACCUGUUCCUAAACAACCUGGAUAUUUCAUCCCAAAUACUACGCCCUAUCAAUCUACGUUGAGGUCCAGUUCCCAUUUUAUCAAUGACAGAACUUGA